CCCUCCCUAAUCCGCCAGGCAUCCACGUCCACUGCGCGGCACAACCCUGAGUUCUCUUCUCCCGCUCCCGCAAGCAACAGAGCGUCAUCGCGCUCGAUCUCUCCUCCCCCUUGGAACACCCCACCCGCCCCCUGCAAGCGACCAAUCGGCCGGUCCAAAGAACUUGGCCGCUUCUCUCGUAAACUCCAGCCCGGACAAACUCGGGUGAAGAUCCCUUCUUGUUCCGCGCCUCGCCGAUUCCAACCUUAUCUGCGCGCCGCGGCUGCUUGGUUGGCGGCGAGCGCGAACCACGGGCGCACCAGCAUGCGGCCGGAACGGCCAUUGCUGCCGCCGCCCACCCCGCCCUUGCCGCCGUCGCAACCGGCGGAUGAAGCGGCCGGAGGAGCGGCCAUGGACGACGUGCCCCCCCGGCUGCCGGACCCGGUGCCGUCGCCGAUACUGAGGCACUCGCCGGCGAACUCGGUCAGGCGGACGCGGUCGCUGCGGUCGCUCCUGGCCGACUCGCCGUCGGUGACCUUCGCGGCCAACCUCAGGUCGGGCUCCAAGGCCGAGUCCAUGGCGUCCUCGCUCGAGAGCUUCCAGUUCCAGCGCGAGGGGUCCAUCAGGUCCGCAACCCCCGCGGGCCUCGGGCGGGUGUCCACCAGGCGGUCCGCGUCCGAGCGCGCCGGCUCGCAGCGCGACCUCCGCGACGAGGACGCCCGGUUCGUGUACAUCAACGACGCGGACCGCACGAACGCGCCGCCGGCCGGGCUCCCCGACAACGCCGUCCACACCACCAAGUACUCCGUCCUCACCUUCCUCCCGCGCAACCUCUACGAGCAGUUCCACCGGGUGGCCUACCUCUACUUCCUCGUCCUGGUGGCGCUCAACAUGGUGCCGCAGCUCGGCGUGCUGACGCCGGCCGCGUCCGUCCUGCCGCUGGCGUUCGUGCUCGGCGUCACGGCGGUGAAGGACGCGUACGAGGACUGGCGACGGCACCGGUCCGACAAGAACGAGAACAACCGCACGGCCUCGGUGCUGGCGGGCGGCGCGUUCCGGCCCAAGCGGUGGGAGGAGGUCCGGGUGGGCGAGGUGCUGCGCGUGGUGGCCAACGAGACGCUGCCGUGCGACAUGGUGCUGCUGUCCACCAGCGACCCCACCGGCGUCGCCUACGUGCAGACCAUCAACCUCGACGGCGAGUCCAACCUCAAGACGCGCUACGCCAAGCAGGAGACCAUGGCCACGCCGCCGGAGGCCCUCGCGGGGGUCAUCAAGUGCGAGCGGCCCAACCGCAACAUCUACGGCUUCCUCGCCACGGUCGACCUCGACGGCCGCGGCCGCCAAGCCGUGUCGCUCGGCCCCUCCAACAUCGUGCUCCGGGGCUGCGAGCUCAAGAACACGGCCUGGGCCGUCGGCGUCGCCGUGUACACCGGGCGGGACACCAAGGUGAUGCUCAACAGCUCCGGCGCGCCGUCCAAGCGCAGCCGCCUGGAGACGCACAUGAACCGCGAGACCAUCAUGCUCGCCGUCGUCCUGUUCGUCCUCUGCUCCGUCACCGCCCUCCUGGCGGGCAUCUGGCUCGGCGACCACGGCGGCGACCUCGCCGUGAUCCCGUUCUUCCGCAAGAGGGACUUCUCGUCCAGCGACGACCCCGACGCCAAGUACAACUGGUACGGGAUGGGCGCGGAGGUGGUGUUCACCUUCAUGAAGUCGGUGAUCCAGUUCCAGGUGCUCAUCCCCAUCGCGCUGUACAUCUCCAUGGAGCUCGUGAGGGUCGGGCAGGCCUUCUUCAUGGUGCAGGACCGCCACAUGUUCGACGAGAAGCGGGAGGCCAAGUUCCAGUGCCGCGCGCUCAACAUCAACGAGGACCUGGGGCAGAUCAAGUACGUCUUCUCCGACAAGACCGGCACGCUCACCGAGAACCGGAUGGAGUUCCGGUGCGCCAGCGUGCACGGCGCCGACUUCAGCGACACCGCCGGCGACGGCGACGGGCAUUCCGUGACCGACGACGACGGCGUGGUCCUGCGCCCGAAGACGGCGGUGAGGACGGACCCGAGGCUGGUGGCGCUGCUCCGGGACGGCGCCGGCGCCAAGGCCGGCCGCGCCCGCGACUUCUUCCUGGCGCUGGCGACGUGCAACACCAUCGUGCCCAUCGCCGCGGCCGCCGACGACGGCGCCGCCGCGGGGGAGCGGGUGCUGGAGUACCAGGGCGAGUCCCCCGACGAGCAGGCGCUGGUGUACGCGGCGGCGGCGUACGGGUACACGCUCGUGGAGCGCACCUCCGGCCACAUCAUCGUCGACGUCUUCGGCGCCAGGCAGAGAUAUGAUGUCCUUGGUCUUCAUGAGUUUGACAGUGACCGCAAGAGGAUGUCUGUUAUAAUUGGCUGCCCUGAUAAGUCAGUCAAGCUUUUUGUGAAAGGCGCAGAUAGUUCAAUGCUUGGGGUCAUUGACAAAAUGUUGAAUUCAGAUGUUAUCCAAGCAACGGAGAAGCAUCUCCAUUCUUAUUCAUCAUUAGGCCUACGAACGCUUGUUAUCGGUAUGCGGGAACUUAGUCAAGAAGAGUUUCAAGAGUGGCAAAUGGCUUAUGAAAAGGCUAGCACCGCACUACUAGGAAGAGGGAACCUACUCCGCGGUGUGGCUGCCGACAUCGAGAGGAACUUGCGCCUAUUGGGAGCUUCUGGUAUUGAGGACAAGCUGCAGGAUGGAGUACCUGAAGCAAUUGAGAAACUGAGGGAAGCAGGGAUCAAGAUGUGGGUGCUAACAGGCGACAAACAAGAAACUGCUAUCUCCAUCGGCUAUUCCUGCAAACUUUUGACAAGGGACAUGACACAGAUUGUAAUCAACAGUCGCUCAAGGGAUUCAUGCAGAAAGAGUCUGGAUGAUGCAAUCACCAUGGUUAACAAAUACCAAUCAUUCUCAACAGAUCCACAACUUAGAGUGCCCCUUGCUUUGAUUAUUGAUGGAAACAGCCUCGUCUACAUUUUUGAUACGGAUUGGGAAGAGAAGCUUUUUGAAAUCGCAAUUGCUUGUGAUGUCGUCCUAUGUUGUCGGGUAGCUCCCCUGCAGAAGGCUGGUAUUGUUGAUCUCAUAAAGAAGAGAACAAGUGACAUGACUCUAGCUAUUGGAGAUGGUGCAAAUGAUGUAUCCAUGAUUCAAAUGGCUGACGUUGGCAUUGGCAUCAGUGGGCAAGAGGGAAGGCAAGCUGUUAUGGCCUCAGAUUUUGCCAUGGGGCAAUUCAGAUUUUUGGUUCCUCUGUUGUUGGUUCAUGGCCAUUGGAACUACCAGAGGAUGGCCUACAUGAUCCUAUAUAACUUUUACAGAAAUGCUAUUUUUGUGUUUGUGCUAUUCUGGUAUGUAUUUUACACUGGUUUUACCCUGACAACAGCAAUAACUGAGUGGAGCAGCGUGCUAUACUCUGUGAUAUACACCGCUGUCCCUACUAUUGUUGUUGCCAUUCUAGAUAAGGAUCUUAGCCGCCGGACAUUGCUGAAAUAUGCCCAGCUAUAUGGCCCAGGGCAGCGCGAGGAGAAUUACAAUUUGAGGCUAUUCAUCUUCAUCAUGAUGGACUCAGUAUGGCAGAGCAUUGCAUGUUUCUUCAUCCCUUACCUUGCAUACAGGAAGAGUGUAAUUGACAGUUCCAGCCUCGGAGACCUCUGGACUCUCUCUGUUGUCAUUCUUGUCAACAUUCACCUGGCAAUAGAUGUCGUCAGAUGGAACUGGAUCACACAUGCAGCGAUAUGGGGUAGCAUUGCUGCGACAUGGAUUUGCGUCAUGAUCCUAGACUCCAUACCAACCCUGCCUGGUUUCUGGGCAAUCUAUAAGGUGAUGGGAACUGGGUUGUUCUGGGCACUGCUGCUUGCGGUAACCGUAGUCGGGAUGAUUCCUCAUUUUGCCGCAAAGGCGUUCACUGAGUAUUUCACCCCCAGUGACAUUCAAAUCGCGAGAGAAAUGGAGAAGUCACAAGAUACCCAUGAUGCAACCCAUCCAGAAGUUCAGAUGAGUUCUGUAAGUAGAGCUUAGAGUAGGGGAUACACAGUGAUCUUUUUGUUCAUUCGAAUAGGAUAGCUCUACACCUUUAUUUGGUUCUUUUUGUUGUGCAUAGGCAAUUCUUUCAGCAGUGUGCAAGCUUUCUUGAUGCUUGCUCCAUUGCCAACUAUCAAAUGGAUAGCCCCCCUUGUACGCAUUGUGUAUCCACCCGCCAAAUUUUGUUGAUUUACAUGAAAGGAAAUCGUACAGGAGUUAAGUGUACAAAAUAGAAACUGGUCCGCAUGGCUUAUGAUGGUAUACACUGUAGUACAGUACACAUUCAAGUCAACUGUACAGAUUCAGCAACCGUAUUAGCUUUGUUGCAUCUUUAUAUGCUGGUUUCAGAGUUUCAGCAAGCACUUUAUUUUAGUUCAUUAAUUUCGUUGAA